AGAUUGAGACAGUAACUCUGGGUGCAUUCCGGUGUUGGGGAUAAGACCCCGAGUUGAGGGAUGUGGUGGCAGCACCCUGGCUGUGAGAGCUGGAACAGGAUGAAACUGAGUGGUAAGUGAUGGGACUGUACCUCUUAGAGUGUGAGGCUGUGCAAGUGUCUGUCAGGUGUGACCCUACUUUUCAGGGCAGGAGGUGAGUUUUUGUGGCUUAAGGUGUGUGUCCCAGGUGUCGCUCAGCCCAUCUUAAAGCAGGAGCCAGACGCUGGGGCGAGACCCCGGGGCCCCAGGCCUCCUGGAUCCCCUGCCCCCUUUCAGCCUCCUCCCCUCGUCUUCCAGGAUGACUUGCUGUGGCCCUGGCCUGGGCUUAAGCCCCUGUAUAAAUAGUAGGUGAAUCCCUUGGUGGGCACUGCCCACCACCACCCACCCCGACAUCCAUGAAAGCUCUGGCAGGACAAGAGAGCCUUGCUGCCCCCACAGAAUUUGGAUUAGCCCCACCUAACCCCAAAGCCCCAGGGAGGGGCAAUGGCACCCUCUGCUGCCGCCCGAGCCCGCCCCAGGCGACGCUCACAUUUUCCAGUGUUUAGAUUUUAUCCGCUUUAUUAAUGAGGCAAGAGGCCAGAGUCUGGGGGAAGGGGGCUGCUCUUACCCCGAUGGAAGGAGGGGGUCACAGGGAGCCAGACUGACUCCAGGGAGCCUCGCUCCUCAUGGAUGAGCCAGGGCCCAGAGUGGCCCCCGCCCAUUGCCAGGAGCAGGGGGCGGGGGUCUCUGCCACUCCAGGCCCCCAGCGGGCGUGCGCGGGGUGGAGCGGCCCCUGGAGGCCAGCAAGGGCGGCGGGAGGAGCCAAGGAGCCGCCCAAGGAAGAGGGAGGAAGGAAGCGGCCUGCCGGAGAGCCAGGGCGCAGUGGGGAGCAGGGCUGAGCGGCGGGCAAUGGGGACCCCACAUCCCAGGCAGUGCCGGCACUCCCGGCGCCUGACAUGAGCCCUUGCGGGCCCCUCAACCUGAGCCUGGCCGGCGAGGCGGCCACGUGCACGGUGCCCUGGGUCCCCAACGCGUCGGCUGUGCCGCCUUCGGGCGCUUCGGGCACUUCGCCUGCGCUGCCCAUCUUCUCCAUGACGCUGGGUGCCGUGUCCAACUUGCUGGCGCUGGCGCUGCUAGCGCAGGCCGCGGGCCGUCUGCGACGCCGCCGCUCGGCCGCUACCUUCCUGCUGUUCGUGGCCAGCCUGCUGGCCACCGACCUGGCGGGUCACGUCAUCCCGGGCGCGCUGGUGCUGCGCCUGUACGCCGCGGGGCGCGCGCCGGCCGGCGGGGCCUGCCACUUCCUGGGCGGCUGCAUGGUCUUCUUCGGCCUGUGCCCGCUACUGCUGGGCUGCGGCAUGGCUGUGGAACGCUGCGUGGGCGUCACGCGGCCGCUGCUCCACGCCGCGCGGGUCUCAGUCACCCGCGCGCGCCUGGCUCUGGGCGCACUGGCCGCGGUGGCCUUGGCCGUGGCGCUGCUGCCGCUGGCGCGCGUGGGCCGCUACGAGCUGCAGUAUCCCGGCACGUGGUGCUUCAUCGGCCUGGGCCCCCCGGGCGGCUGGCGCCAGGCACUGCUCGCCGGCAUCUUCGCCGGCCUCGGCCUGGCCGCGCUCCUCGCCGCGCUGGUGUGCAACACGCUCAGCGGCCUGGCCCUCUUGCGAGCCCGCUGGAGACGCCGCUCCCGACGGCCUCAGGCCUCGGGCCCAGACAGCCGGCGUCGCUGGGGGGCGCGCGGACCUCGCUCGGCCUCCGCCUCCUCCGCCUCGUCCAUCGCUUCGGCCUCCACCGCCUUUGGCAGCUCCCGGAGCCGCGGCUCGGCACGCAGAGCUCGCGCCCACGACGUGGAGAUGGUGGGCCAGCUUAUCGGUAUCAUGGUGGUGUCGUGCAUCUGCUGGAGCCCGCUGCUGGUGUUGGUGGCACUGGCCGUCGGGGGCUGGAGCUCUACCUCCCUGCAGCGGCCACUGUUCCUGGCCGUGCGCCUUGCCACCUGGAACCAGAUCCUGGAUCCUUGGGUGUACAUCCUGCUGCGCCAGGCCGUGCUGCGCCAACUGCUUCGACUCCUGCCCUCGAGGGCCGGGGCCAAGGGCGGCCCCGCAGGGCUGGGCCUGACCCGGAGCGCCUGGGAGGCCAGCUCGCUGCGCAGCUCCCGGCACAGCGGCCUCAGCCACUUCUAAGCACAACCGGAGGUCCAACGACUAAACCAGCCCACCCUAGGCCAGGCCCAGGUGCCUUUGAGGAAUAAAAAGCCAUUCUGCGA